UCAUGUGACCAUUGUACACAAAGUUCAAGAUGGCGGAAGACAAGAUUUGACGUUUCAGUUUUUUGUCCACAAUAAUCAUGGAUUUAAAUUCAUCUGGAGGAAUUCAGUCUAAAAAUUCGUCGAAAAACAGAAAGUUCUCGGCUGAAGUAACAUCUUUAGAUUCAUGGAGUGAAGCAAUCGAUGACGAAGAAGUAGAUUUAAAAGGGAAAUUCGAACGCGAAACCGGUACAGGACAAUAUCAGAAAAGACAAACUAAAACGAAAACUGAGUCACAAAAACAUAUUAACGAUUUAAAGAAUCGGAAAAGUUUAAGUAAACAAUCUGUGGUUUUGAACCCCAAAACAUUGAAAAGUAUCAAUAAUGAAGAGCAUGUAAGGAGUGUAGAUUUGUGUCCAGAUAAUUAUUCCAAUGACACUGUACAAAAUUCAACCAUACAGACUUCAGACCAAAUUCCAUCCACCUCAUCUAAUAGGGUUAGUGGUUGGUCAACGUCCUCAUGUGAAUCUGAUCAGUUCACUUCAUUAGACUAUUCAUCACUUCCAGUACCCCUAAACAUGUCUCUGCCGUUACCAAUGAACAGGGAAUCGUCAAGUUUCCAAAGUGACAUUAUGAAGACACAAGGACAAUCUUAUAAACUCAAAAGUAAAUCUUAUCAAGGAUUAAGCAAGAACUUAUCUGCUGAAGUUGGUUCUUUUUUUGCUGGAGACGAUGACGAAUCUGAUCAACCUCGAUCUCUACCUCCUGAUCUGAAUAGAAGUUACUUGUUGACUGAUGAUGUGGAUCAGAAAGAAAAAGUUAAAAAUAAACUAAUGUCAGUUUGGAACAACAUGAAAUAUGGUUGGACUUUAAAGACAAAAACAGCAUUCAAAUGUGACAGUCCAAUUUUCUUACUGGGGACCUGUUACCAUAUUAGACCAUCAGACGAAGAAGUGAGGCCAGGUGAAAGAAAGAAAAGACCUCCAAAUGUUGAGAUGUUUAAACAAGAUUUUGCUAGUCAGAUUUGGUUUACCUACCGUCAAGAUUUUCCGCAGAUACCAGGAACAAAGAUGACAUCAGACUGUGGUUGGGGAUGUAUGUUACGAAGUGGACAGAUGAUGCUAGCAAGAGCUUUCCUUACUCAUUUCUUAGGAAGAGAUUGGAGUGUAUUUCGGGAGCAGUCAAGAGAGCAUGAUACAUACAGACGACAAAUCAUUCGUUGGUUUGGGGAUUUUCCCAGUGAAAAUUCACCUUUUUCAAUUCAUCGUCUAGUGGAAGCAGGGAAGUCACAUGGUAAACAGCCAGGUGAUUGGUAUGGUCCUUCCUCUGUGGCUUUUAUACUCAGAGAGUCUAUGCAGAAAGCAAUAGAGACACAGCCUCUACUUGAAAAUGUUGUAGUCUAUGUGGCACAAGAUUGCACAGUAUACAAAAAAGACAUCCAUGAGAUGUGUUGUGCUAGAGGGAGAUCUACAACUAAAUUCGGCAGUUCUUCUGACUCAACUGAUACAGUUGUGGACACACAGACAGAGGAAGAGGAGGAGUGGAAGAGAGCAGCAAUUAUUCUAGUACCAGUCAGACUUGGAGGAGAGGAAUUAAACCCUGUUUACAUACCUUGUAUCAAGAGUCUACUAGCACAGGAUGGGUGUAUAGGUAUCAUAGGAGGAAAACCUAAAACAUCACUUUAUUUUGUAGGAUGGCAAGAUGACAAAGUUAUAUAUUUAGAUCCUCACUACUGUCAAGAUGCAAUAGACACUAGAGAAAGAAAUUUUCCAAUUCAGACUUUUCACUGUUUAUCACCAAGGAAAAUCUCUCUAACUAAAAUGGAUCCCAGUUGUACCAUUGGAUUUUACUGCAAGACAAGAGCUGAAUUUAACAGUUUUGUAAAGCAAACAGAAGAGAUGAUUUCACCACCUAAACAAAAACUUUCGUAUCCAAUGUUUGUAUUCCAUGAAGGAAACUCGUCAGAUGCUAAUAUAGAGAGUGAUAGUUUUGAGAAAGAGGACCGUCUGCUUCGAGUCAAACAUUACAAAAUGGAUCAGUAUGGACGUAUUAGAUCUGGAACAGAAGAAACAGAAGAAUUUGUUGUAUUAUAACAAAAUUUUUAUUAGGAUUGACAUUUCACUUUUAACAGCUUCAUGUAUGUUAGUUAAAUACUAAAUAUUAGGAAUGUUAUAUUGAAGUUGUUUUAAGCUUUAUAGUUUUAAAUAAAACACAUUGUUAGUCAAGAAGAUAAUUAGGUAUCUUUAAGUAAUCAGGGGUGUACUUUAUAAUACUGAAUUUUACAUCAGUUUGGAAAAUUCACACACCCCUGAUUAAACCAAGAUAACAAAUAUAUUUAUUUACUCAUUUUUAUACCAGAAUGUAAAAAUGGAAAAUGAGUAUGGAGAACUUCCACUACAACUUUUUUUUCAACACUGAUGUUGCUGCUCAUUAUCAAAUGUUACCUCUUUUUACUUUUGUUCAUUUUUCUGGAAAUCUGGAAUUUAAUUUUAUGUUUUUUGAAUUUUUGGGGUGUUAUUUACACCAGGGUUAUUAACCAAUCAGAUUGCAAGAUUCUGUUUGCAUGAGAAAUCGAAAAAUUAACUUUUUUAUAAAAUUGAAAAGAAAUAAAAAUUGAUUUA